AUGGAAAUCACUUCAAGAUUACAUGAGAGAGAAAACCCAUCUCCGGCUAACUCUCCGAACAGCCACGACAGCAGUAGCAACAGCAAUGGACAUGCCGGCUGCGGCGGCGGUGGCGGUGGAGGUGGUGCCACAACACAAACCCCACCAUUAACUCCGAAACCCGUUUCGAGAUCCGAACCCAAUCCAUACCCAACCACUUUCGUCCAAGCUGACACCAAUAACUUCAAACAAGUAGUUCAGAUGCUAACAGGAUCCUCGGAAACCGCGAAAAAUGCUUCAUCGAAGCCAACCCAACAACCAGAUCCAGCUCCGGCGAAGGUAUCAAUACCUCCGAUUAAAACGGGUCAACAGAAGAAACAAGGGUUCAAGCUCUACGAGCGUCGGAACAGCUUGAAAAACGGGUUGAUGAUAAACCCGAAUUCAGUUCCUAAAUUCGGGCACGGGUCAUCGCCGCGAUUCCAUGAAAUACUUUCCCCGAGCAUUCUGGAUUUUCCGUCGCUUGUUCUCAGUCCAGUGACGCCGUUGAUCGAAGACCCAUUUAACAAAUCGUCUCCGUCAAUCGGGAAUUCAUCGGAGGAAGAUAGGGCAAUUGCGGAGAAGGGGUUUUACCUGCACCCAUCGCCUAGGGCGGCGACACCACGAGGGACGCCGGAGCCGCAGCUCUUACCUCUGUUUCCGGUGACGUCGCCGCGGGUUACGGGGUCGCCGUCAUAG